AUGGGACUAAGUCUCCUCAAUUGUGAAACUUUUCUACAUCAAGUGAGACAAAUUUUUACCUGCUGGAUUGCCAAAUCUUUGUCCUUUGCUGGUAGGCUUCAGCUUAUUCAAACAGAGAUUCUUGAAGGUUCCCUGCAUAACUUACAGCGAAAAUUCUCGUGGUUUUCUAAUAAGCUUCUUAAGCUUAGAGAUGUGGUGUUCACCUGGAUGAAGAGAAGGGUCCGUGACGGGAAUACAACUCGGUUCUGGUCUGAUAAUUGGACUCCUUUUCGUUCCUUGCUAUCGUUUCUAGCUACAUCAUGCAGGCCAUCUCGACUCGGUAUCUCCCAAAAUACAACUGUUUCAAGCAUCUUCCACAAUGGGUAUUGGGCUCUGCCCCCUGCAAGAUCAGACAGCUUUGUUAAUCUUCAGACUUAUCUCACAACAGUGCAAUUAUCAGAGGGGGAAGAUACUUACGAGUGGGUUAUUGAGGAUAUCCCGAAAAAAGCGACGGAAAUUGAUCCUCAGCGCUCUUGGGUUAGCUCCACCUCGCAGAUCUAUCGUAUUGACGACACAAUUGUGAAAAUGGUUGACCGUCUGGUGUGCAACAAAAUCUCAAGCUUCAGAAAAUCUAACCCCUCUAUGGCAAUGACUCUCCUCCAACAAUGGCUCCUCACUGCCUAA